UCAUGAUCCCUUUCCUGAUUUUGCUAGUCCUUGAGGGGAUCCCUCUGCUUCAUCUUGAGUUUGCCAUUGGUCAAAGGCUGAGAAAAGGCAGUGUGGGUGUCUGGGGCUCCAUCCAUCCUACCUUGAAAGGAGUUGGAAUAGCAGCAAUGUUUGUAUCCUUCCUGGUGGGUUUAUAUUACAACACUAUUAUUGCCUGGGUAAUGUGGUAUUUCUUCAACUCCUUCCAAGAGCCCCUGCCUUGGAGUAGUUGUCCUCUCAAUGACAACAGAACAGAUUACGUAGAAGAGUGUGCCAAGAGCACUCCUGUAGAUUAUUUCUGGUACAGAGAAACAUUAAACAUCUCCACUUCCAUUGAUGAUUCUGGCAGUAUACAGUGGUGGCUUUUGUUAUGUUUAACAUGCGCAUGGGGUGUACUCUACGUGUGCAUAAUCAGAGGCAUCGAAACAACAGGAAAGGCUGUGUAUGUAACAUCAACUCUUCCAUAUGUCGUGCUUACUAUUUUUCUAAUCCGUGGCUUGACGCUGAAAGGAUCAACUAAUGGAAUUGUGUAUCUCUUCACUCCUAACGUUGAGGAGCUGGCUAACCCAGUGACGUGGCUGGAUGCAGGUGCCCAGGUCUUUUACUCCUUCUCCCUGGCCUUUGGAGGCCUCAUUUCUUUCUCCAGUUACAACUCCGUUCACAAUAACUGUGAGAAAGAUGCCCUGAUCAUCUCUGUGAUCAAUGGUUUCACAUCCAUUUAUGCAGCAACCGUCAUAUACUCCAUCAUUGGAUUCAGAGCCACAGAAAGAUAUGAUGAUUGCUUUGACAAAAAUAUCCUUACUCUGAUGAAUGCAUUUGAUUUGCCAGAAGGUAAUGUAACCCAAGAUAACUUUGAACAAAUACAGCAGCUAUGUAACAUGACUGAUCCUGUGACUUUUGCAAGCCUGAAGUUUGAAACCUGUAAACUGGAAGAUUUCCUGAAUGAUGGAGUCGAAGGAACUGGCCUAGCCUUUAUUGUUUUCACUGAAGCUAUCACCAAAAUGCCUGUGUCACCUUUGUGGUCCAUCCUCUUCUUCAUCAUGCUCUUCUGCUUGGGUUUGUCAUCUAUGUUUGGAAAUAUGGAAGGUGUGCUUGUGCCUUUACAAGAUCUUCAAAUUAUACCUCCCAGAGUGCCUAAGGAACUUGUUACUGGUCUGAUUUGUGUGGUCUGUUACUUGCUUGCUUUUAUUUUUGUGCUGAGGUCUGGUAAUUAUUGGCUGGCACUAUUUGAUAGUUUUGCUGGCUCUAUUCCCUUGCUAAUAAUUGCAUUUUGUGAGAUGUUUUCAGUCGUCUACAUUUAUGGAAUAGACAGGUUUAACAGGGAUAUUGAGUUCAUGAUUGGACACAAGCCAAAUAUUUUCUGGCAAAUUACCUGGAGAUUUAUCAGUCCUCUCAUUAUGUUAGUUAUCUUCUUCUUCUAUUUUGUGGUGACAGUCAACAAAGAACUGCUGUACAGCAUCUGGGACCCUAGCUAUGAGGACUUCCCCAGAACACAGAAGGGAAAAUACCCUAGCUGGGUGUAUGCUGUUGUUGUCAUCCUCGCUGGAGUGCCUAGUUUGGCCAUCCCUGUCUUCGCUAUCUACAAAGCCAUCAGAAAUUGCUGUCAGAAAAAAAAUGAUCAUACAGGCCUUAUAAUCUCGACAUCUGAGACUUCUGUUAAUGGAAACUUAAAUUAUUCAGCAUAAAAUAAUUUAAAAAUCUGGAAGAAUGC